CGUGGAACUGUCCAGUGCUGACGCUCUUCAAACACUCAAGGUGCACUCCGCUUUAGCUCCUAACAGCGAGCGCCAACGACAACAAAACUACACUCGUCUGAAAUGAUUAUGUGAUAUGUUACGUGCUGUUUGAAACGGUGUCCAGGAGUUUAUUUGAUCUGAGGUUGUUUUCCGUUUCAAAGCUUCUUUCAGUGGGACUGGACUGUGCGGGCUGAACGACUGGCAAGCGACGAGACAUUUUGAUUGUUUGAUUGAUGCAUUCCUCUGCAGACUGCGUGGACGACCAGAUCUGCUGACCGGAGAGAAAGUUUCCUUGGAUAAAAUCAUACACGAUGAUGGAUGCGGCUGAAUGUUGUGUGAAGGUGAUGUGCCGAUUCAGGCCACUUAACGAAUCGGAAAUCACCAGAGGUGACAAAUACAUACCGAAAUUCAAAGGAGAAGACACCGUGGUGAUAUCGGGCAAACCGUAUAUCUUUGACCGAGUCUUUCCUCCAAACACAACACAAGAACAAGUAUAUGAUACCUGUGCCAAACAGAUUGUUAAAGAUGUGCUGGAUGGCUAUAAUGGGACAAUCUUUGCAUAUGGCCAAACCUCAUCAGGGAAGACGCACACUAUGGAGGGGCAGCUCCAUAACUCCCAACUGAAGGGCAUCAUCCCUCGCAUCGCCCAGGACAUCUUUGACCACAUCUACUCUAUGGAUGAGAACCUGGAGUUCCAUAUCAAGGUCUCUUAUUUUGAAAUCUACAUGGACAAAAUUCGAGAUUUGCUUGAUGUUUCCAAAACCAACCUGGCUGUCCAUGAAGAUAAGAACAGGGUGCCAUUUGUCAAGGGCUGUACCGAGCGUUUUGUGUCCAGUCCGGAGGACGUCAUGGAUGUGAUCGAUGAGGGGAAAUCCAAUCGUCACGUGGCUGUCACAAACAUGAAUGAGCACAGCUCCCGCAGUCACAGCAUUUUCCUCAUUAAUAUUAAGCAGGAGAAUGUGGAGACAGAGAAGAAACUGAGCGGAAAACUCUACCUGGUGGAUCUGGCAGGAAGUGAAAAGGUCAGUAAAACUGGAGCAGAAGGAUCUGUGCUGGACGAGGCUAAAAAUAUCAAUAAGUCUCUGUCUGCUCUGGGGAACGUCAUCUCAGCCCUGGCUGAAGGAACUAAAACCCAUGUGCCAUACAGAGACAGUAAAAUGACCAGGAUCCUGCAGGACUCUUUAGGUGGGAACUGCAGAACAACUAUCGUCAUCUGCUGCUCUCCAUCCGUAUAUAAUGAUGCUGAGACCAAAUCCACACUCAUGUUCGGCCAAAGGGCCAAAACCAUCAAAAACACAGUUUCUGUGAACAUGGAGCUUACAGCUGAGGAAUGGAAGAAGAAAUAUGAGAAAGAGAAAGAGAAGACCAGAAAUCUGAAAAUCACCAUCCAGCGGCUAGAAAAUGAGCUUAAACGAUGGCGGAAAGGUGAGAAUGUCCCUGCUGAUGAGCAGCACAGCAGUAAAGAAUUAAAGAAUGCUGAAGCCGCUCCCAUAAUUGAGACUUCAGCUCCGCCCCCUGAGCCGCUUUCUGAUUCAGAGAAAACCCAGUAUGAGGAGCUGAUCAAUGACCUGUAUCAGCAACUAGACGACAAGGAUGAUGAGAUCAACCAGCACAGUCAGCUGGCAGAGAACCUGAAACAGCAGAUGGUGGACCAGGAUGAGUUACUGGCAUCCACACGGCGUGACUAUGAGAAGAUCCAGGAAGAUCUGAGCCGUUUGCAGCAUGAGAACGAGGCAGCUAAAGAUGAGGUGAAGGAGGUGCUCCAGGCCUUAGAAGAGCUGGCUGUGAACUACGACCAGAAAAGCCAUGAGGUGGAAGACAGAAGCAAGACAAACCAGCAGCUCACAGAGGAGCUUAUGCAGAAGAGUGCAGCUCUGGCUGGUGUGGAGAGGGAUCUGUCUGCCCUGCAGGAGCACAGUGGACAUCACAAGAAGAGAUCAGCAGAGAUCCUCAGUCUCUUGCUCCGGGACCUCAAUGAGAUUGGCAGUGUUAUUGCCUUGAAUGACCACAAGAUGACAGAGAUGAACGGAGGAAUGGAGGAGGAAUUCACCAUGGCACGGCUCUUCAUAAGUAAGAUGAAGUCAGAAGUGAAGUCUCUGGUCAACCGCAGUAAACAGCUUGAGAGCACACAGGCCGACACGAUGCGGAAAAUACAGGCCAACGAGAAAGAGCUGGCUUCCUGUCAGCUGCUGAUCUCUCAGCAUCAAGCAAAGAUCAAAUCCCUCACCGACUACAUGCAGAACAUGGAACAGAAGAAGAGACAGCUGGAGGAAAGCCACGACUCACUGACGGAGGAGCUCGCUAAACUCAAUGCGCAAGAAAAGAUGCAUGAGGUUUCAGUCAUGGAUAAGGAAAAGGAGCACAUGAGCAGGAUGCAGGACGCUGAGGAGAUGAAGAAAGCGCUGGAACAGCAGAUGGAAAGCCACCGAGAGGCUCAUCAGAAGCAGCUUUCACGUCUGCGAGAUGAGAUCGACGUGAAACAGAGGAUCCUUGAUGAGCUGAAAGAUGUGAACCAGGCUCUUCAGCUUGAACAGAAUCAGCUCAGGUCUGACUAUGAAAAGCUGAAACAAGAGGAACAGAAGAAGGACGAGAGGCUGCAGAAGCUUCUCUUGUUGAAUGAGAAGAGGGAGCAAGCUAAAGAAGAUCUCAAGGGUCUGGAGGAGACUGUGGCCAAGGAGCUCCAGACUCUCCUGAACCUGCGUGUGAUGUUCAUCCAGGACAUCAAUAAUCGCAUUGGACGAAGUGUAGAGUUGGACACUGAUGAAUCAGGGGGAAGUCUGGCUCAAAAACAGAAAAUAAUUUUCCUCGAGAAUAACCUGGAGCAGCUCACUAAAGUCCACAAGCAGCUGGUACGUGAUAAUGCAGACUUAAGGUGUGAGCUGCCCAAACUGGAGAAGCGCCUGCGUGCAACUGCUGAGCGAGUGAAGAUCCUAGAGUCUGCUCUGAGAGAGGCCAAAGAAAGCGCCAUGAGAGACCGUAAGAAGUACCAGCAGGAAGUGGACCGCAUCAAGGAGGUCAUCCGAGCCAACAACCAGGCCAGGAUGAAACAAAACGCACAGAUCGCUAAGCCUAUUCGUGCUGGACAUCAUCACUCAGCGGCUUCUGCCUCACUGGGCCACAGUAUCAGAGGGGGCGUCCCAAGCCCACGACGACGCCACCAGCACCAGCCACAGCAGCAACAGCAGCAGCAGCAGCAGUACCAUCACAGGAGCAAGUGAAAAACUCUCCAUGGGACAAAAAAUGACCGGUCUGACUCCAGUCUGCGCAUUCUUUCCAUUCCAACUAUGUGUGGCAACAAGACGACGUCUUUUCCAAUGCAGUCUUUUCUAUUCAGUGAGGUGCGGGGGAAGAACUACUGUCAUCUUCAAGUUCAUUUCCUGUCCUUACCAUGACCUCCUUACAUUCAUCCUGUUUAAGUGGAGAUUUGUGGACUCAACUAUCAAUAAACAAACCCAGACCCACAAAGUAAGACUAAAGGAUAUUGGAUUUUAAAGUCAUAGAAGUGCUAUUUCACUGAAUUUCUGUUUUUCUUGGCUUCUUUCUGCAUUGAGUCAUUUUGUAUUUGA